UUGGGAUACAAUGACAUGUGUCAACCAAGUCAACUAGCCUGAACACCCGAUCCCGUUAGUCGCCUCUUACGAAAAGCAUAGGUUACUGGAGAUCAAUUCUAAACCGGAUCUUCACGGGUCAUCAACAGCAGGCCAGUGAGGAUUUGUGAGAUCCCUACGUUUGGAGGGGCUCCACUGUUUAUAAGUUGGAGUUCUACCAUUUACCCACUAUUAUCCCGUGUGUUAUACCUCGAUUGGAUGAUGAUAAUGAUGAUGUUUUGUACAACGGCACCCUGGUCUCUUUCGAUACAGUAUGGACGAUUGGAAGCCAAAAACGGCCGUGGGUGUAUUUUAACUCAUGAACGAGAAGCAUGGUGUCCUGACAACAGUAAUCUAUGGUUAAGACGAAAAUGUUCGUUGUAUAGUUGUAUUCGUCAUAAGCGGAUUGGUUAUAAUCGUAGUUCUCUGUAUAUUGUAUGAGAAAGGUGACGAAUGUGUCCAUACAGGGAAUUAAUUUUAAUGUUAGAAUGGAGAUAUGAGUCAUGACACCCUUGAGAAACGAAGAUGGACAACUGUCUGGGUCAUCAACAUGUGCUUGAAGGAAUUCUACAUUGUUAUCCUAUUCUUGAAUAAAAACUUCAUUUUUUUUUAGUUUUGUUUUCCACUUUUUUGGUGAUUCAAAUGGGAACAAUGAUGUCCCUUCGAGUAACUGGACCAUAUUUACGUCGUUGUGUAUCUUCUACUCAGUGUUCUCCCGAAAAAUACCACCGUUGUCUUCGCAUCCUAACUACAAUCAGAUUCCUUGACCUCUGACCCUUGCCUCACAUGUCUAUAUAUAUAAGCUAUACUGAGACUGCUCUCUCUCACUCUCUGUUUCUCUGUCGCUCGAGAACUGGUCACAAGUGAAGGUUUUGUGGCAUCUUGUGGAACUUAAGAUUUCAACUUGCGAGAAGGCACCGGAAACGACUUUGACGCCAUGAGUGACCAUCGGACCGUGGUCAUUUCCAUGGACGGAAGUGAUUGUGCUGACUUUGCCUUUGACUGGUACUUGGAACAGAUACGCAGACCGCAUGAUCACGUGAUAUUUGUCCACUGUCCUGAAUACAACGCAAUGUUUGAAGCAGUUUCCUUUGGAAUGGGCGAAGCGACGGUGGAAGGGGACAUGACGAAGAUGUUCGGGAAGGAGGCAAAACGAAUCAAGGAGCUGGUCAACAAUCUUGCGGAGAAGUUGAGAGACACUAUGCUCAGCGGGAAAGUGAAGUGUGUUCCCGGAAGUCCAGGAGAGGUUAUCCUGAAGGUCGCGGAGGAGGAGCACGCGAGCUUCAUCAUUACAGGCAGAAGGGGCGUCGGGGUAUUGCGACGCACCUUCCUCGGCAGCGUCAGCGACUACGUCGUACACCAUAGCCCAAUUCCCGUUCUCGUGUGUUGUUGCAAGCAUGCCCACUAGCAACAGCAGUACGUUUUGUGAUUCUUUGAUGAAAGGGGCUUGUAACGCAAAAACAAGCGUCAAUAUAUAUAAUGUCGCUGCCCGAUGUUUAAACUAUGUUACAAGAUACGUAUAUCAUUGCAUCAUUUUAUAUCGUACCAAGACCCAACAGGCCAAUACACUGAUGCUUGUUUCCAGCCCCUGUGAUAUAGAGGUGGCCUGAUGGGGAAGUAACGAAAUUUGCGGCUUUGCAGAAUCAGAGUUGUAUCGUAUAUUUUCUGGUAAACCAAACAAAUCCCUCAAACUACCUAAAGAUUAUAUUUACACGAUGAAACGCACGUUCGGUAUUAUGGCAUGGUCUGACUAGCAGCAGGAGGCAACUGAAGAUUAUGAAAUCCGCAAUUGGAAUUUCUUACCUCGCUUGUUAUAAGAGGCUUCACAAUUUAUAAGGGACCGUUCAUAAUUUAUGGCUUAAGGGGGUUGGGGGUUGUUGUUGUUGUUUUGUGUGUGUGUGUGUGUGUGUGUGUUGGAAUUGAUGAUGAUGAUUUUAAGGGGUCACCCAUUUUGUUCGGGUGGGGGUGGGGGUGGGGUGGAUUUGGGGGUUGGUCAGCAAAUUUUUUUUUAACGGUCCCUAAGUUGGGGUUUUGACAUUUACCCUCUAUCUUCCAGUGUGUUAUACCUCGAGUGUGUGAUGAUGGUACUCCCCCUGGGCCUUCCGAUACAGUAUGGGGCAUUGGGAGGCUAAAGUGACCGUGGGUGUAUGCUAACUCCUAAAAAGAAAAGCAUGGUAUCCUGACAACAGUAAUCUACGGUUAUGGCGAACCCAAAGGGACAUGUACACUUGAAUUCGUUACAAGCGUGUUUGUUAUAAACGUGGUGUACUGUAUAUUGUAUGAGAAAGGUGGCGAAUUAGUCCACACAGGGAACAUAUCAUAUUACAAUGGAUAUAUAACACUCUUAAGAAACGACAAUGGACAAUUAUCUGGGUCAUAAACAUACACUUGAAGGAAUUCUACAUUGUUAUCCUGAUAGUUUUCUUGAAUAAACAUUUCAUAUUUUA